AUAAUUUUGUCUGUAUACCUGGUUGUAAGUUCUUGUUACAAUGUUAGCAACUGCCGAUUUCCUGAGAAUUUUGACUAUUUAUUCAGUAAUAGUAUGGGGGAAAAUAGAGAGGAUCAUUAAUCACAUUUCGCAUUCUAAAUCAACUCCUUCGAAUCACAUGUUUCGCUAAAACCGUACGGAAAACUAAUGACUUGUUAGCUUAUUUCGACACUACGUAACUGCGGCUUUCUAUUGAUUUUCUAAACCAAACGUCGCAACAACGGUUGCGAUGUGUAUACGACCGCAUAAACAUGGACGCUAGAAAGAGCUGUAGCAUAAUACUUGCAAGACACACUGAUAUACCUAAGGGGCGCAUAUUUUUUUGUCUCGAGUAGACAGGCAGAUUUGUUUGGAAUAUAGGGUUGAGUUCUUUGGAGUUAUAAGGUCUCCUUCGCACAUGGGGUUUUAUGGUGCGGCUGACUAAAGCAUGUGCAGUUGCAUUUCAGAAUAAUUUUACUUCACUACUAAGACUGCUUUUCUGUGUUUAUUUUAAUAUCUGUUUUAUAUUAUUUGGAAAGGCCUGGGCAACUUCAACUAUCAAAUUUUGGUUUCAGUUUACCAUUAUCUUUAGCAAACUUCACAACAUGUACUUUCCUCAGAUAAGACCAGCUGUGUGUAUAGAUAUCAUGUUGCCUCGCUGAAUCUCAAACUCAGUCAAAUCCUCGACGAUGUUUUAUGCACAUUUCGUACUCAGUAAAAAAGGCCCUUUAGCACGUAUAUGGUUGGCAGCUCAUUGGGAUAAAAAGCUCACCAGAGCACAUGUUUUUGAGACCAAUAUUAGUUCUAGUGUUGAAGCUAUUUUAGAGCCAAAGUUAAAAAUGGCUCUGAGAACUUCUGGACACUUGUUAUUGGGUGUAGUGAGAAUUUAUUCUCGUAAAGCUAAAUACUUACUGGCGGACUGCAAUGAAGCUUUUGUUAAAAUCAAGAUGGCAUUUCGACCUGGUGUUGUUGAUUUACCUGAUGAAGCGAAUCGUGAAGCUGCGAUAGCAGCCAUUACUCUGCCGGAAAACAUUCAUGAUUUUGAAGCUACAAUAGCUGACCUUAAUGAAAUCAACAUGAACACCAUAGCUAUUAAUCAGAGUCGUCCUGAAGAUAUAACUAUGCGGGAAGACUUCGGUGAAAUUAAUCUGGGGAGACAGGAUGAUGAUUUUGGAGAUUCUGUGUUUGACGAAGUGUCGAGCCGUGAAAUUAUUCGAGAUGCUGACAAAACUUUUGGGGAUAGUAUAUAUCGUGGCAGCGAUCAUUUGUCAAUGCAUCAUGAUACUGACUUUACUUUAAAUCCCGAUCAAGAUCUGGAUGCCACUUUAAUCGAUGUUAAACGAGGAGGAGGCAGACUGUCAGAUAGCGAAAAACCAAUUAAGUCUAUUGAUUCUGCUGCUCACCAUGAUGAUAUCGGAAUCGGUGAUAAUGAAUUUGAUGAUGACUUCUUGGCUGAGCCUGACGAUGAUGAUGAAAACUUUGGUGGUCGUAUUGUCCAUUCUUUGUUCACCGAUGGUAUUUUUGAAGAUCCAUCAGCUCAAAAACAGCUUGAAAACUUGACCUCUGAAAUUGAGUCACACAUGGUGACAACCCGAUUCGAUCUUAAUCAUGAAAGUAAUACACCGAUACCAACUUCUGGAAAUGAUGAUUUAAUUUCGACUGAUGGUGCUGCAGUUGUCAGUAAACCAGUGGAUGCCUUUCCUACUACAACGGCAUCAGAAAUAACAACAACAGAAAAUGCCUUACAUGUCCCCCCAUCUACACAGCCAACUGAGACGACGACUGCAUCAAGAAUCGGUCUUGGAAUAACUACGAUGACAGAAAGUACCACACUGAUCGGCAACGAAUCGGAAGCUUUUGCAUUGCCACCUAUCGAUACAACUUGUACAACAGGUGUUGAACCAAGAAGAGCUACAAAACGUAAACGUCGACUCAUUGUUGAUGAACAGAAAUCUAUUCCAAGUGAAGUAAUGAAAUCACAAAUGGAAAAUACAGCUGACAUCAUGACUCAGUUAGACUUAGCACCACCGACCAAAAAGUUGAUGUAUUGGAAAGAGACAGGAAGUGUGGAUAAAUUGUUUGGAUUACCUGGUCGCGCUAUCCCAUGUCAAGCACUUAAACGGUUAUUUUCGCGUAAUCUUUACACGGUUCCUGAUGAUCCUGCAGGUGAAACUUUCCAAGCAUCCAACAUACUUUCUGGGAUAUCAUUCAGUUCCAGUCAAUCAUUACCUGAUCAGUCGAAUGUGUCAUUAAAUCCGGAAGUAACGGCGUUGCAACCAAGCACUUCAUUCGAUCCAAAUAUGCAGCAACCAAACAACGUACCUGUCACUGAGUCUUUGGAAGUCACGGAGACGUUUCAAGUACCCCAGAAAUUGGGUGCUAUUUCGGAAAUUCCCGAAGACGAAGCUUCUCAGCUCGUUACAGACGAAAAAAGGAAGGGAACACCUGCAACACCUCAUGGUAUUGAAGAAAAUCAGGAUGAUCUUGAUGAUGAACCUAAUCAUGAUGAUUUAGCCUUUAUGGUUGAACCUGAAACACCUUAUCUUGCUCCACCAAGCAUUUUAUCUGAAGCACCACCAAGUGUAAUGCAAGUUGACAUGUUAGCCCUAGAACGUGAAUUAGCAGCAGCAGACGAUGAAGCAGAAAAUGACUUGAAUAAUGCAUUCAAAGACGACGAUGCAUCUGGUUUACUGUCUGGUGGUUUCCCUGGUUCAGAAGCACUCUCUGUUGAAGGAUUACCAUCGGAAUCGAUUGAGGAACGACGUUUAGAGAAACGCUCCAAAGUAUUAUUGCGUAUGUUACGUGCACACCAACAGCAGUAUGGUUGGGAUGAACCCCUAACUUUACAGGGUUUAUGUAAUGGUAAUACAAAAAAACAGGCGGCGUCGAAAUUUUACACCGUAUUGUUACUUCGUAAGCAAGGUGCUGUGGAAUUGGCACAAGAAGCUGCGUAUUCAGAUAUUCAUAUAUCCCGUGGACCAAACUUUUUCCGUUUGGUAGAUAACUAGUCCUCUUCACCAUCAUUUUCUACUAUUCUCUUUGCGCUUUACAUUUCCUCGUAACUAUCACUAUAUUCAUUUUGUUUGUGCUUCUUUCAUGCUUACUGUUGUUUUAGAUGUCCGAACUGAUUAGAUGUGUAAACAAACAAACAUUUUAUAAACAUCCAUAUAGGUUAUUAUAAUUACUUUACUAUACUAUUCAUAAAUGCAUUUACGAAGGGUAACCCGUUUCCGUUGUACUCCGUGUUAUCCUCUCGUCAAUUUUUGUAUACUGAGAUCUGUAAACAUAUUUUUUGUACUUAAAAAAUAAAACCGUCAAUUCAAGAUUGUGUUUAACUUUCAGAUAUGUGAAGGUACGACAUAUUGGUUUAAGCAUAUAACUUCUAACCAGUGGGUUUCGGGUUCAAAUUCCAUUUCAAUCUGUCCUGAUAACCGGAGCGUAUCAUAAUUCCUCAACUUAAGUAGCACACGACACAGCAUAAUAUCUAGAUAGCAAGUCAAUUCCUUGAGAAUCAUGAGUGAGCAAACAAUUCCAGAUUUGUAUUCACGUCAUCAUGUUUGAUGACAUUUUGGCGUAAUUCUCGAUAUGACGACUUGAAACUGAAUGGAACCAUCUGAAUAACGCUGCUUGAGCUUUAGGUGUUAUUUUGCUAUGCUAGGAGUUUUGAUAAUAAUUGAAAACGAACAGUGAACAUGUUUGUCGUAGGAGAUUGUGAGUACAUAUUACGUGAAGAUGAUGCUGAAAGUUUCAUCGAUUAUUAUUCAGUGGCUCAUUUGAACGUGAUAUGGUAAUAUUCUAUACACGUCAUACUCAAACACUUCAGUCGAUGGGAUAUUCUGGUUUCCGCAGUUUAUCGAAGUCUAAUAAAUGCACACCCUAUACUAUGCAGAUGACCUGACUGUUUCGCUUCCCGUUAAGUCUCAGUCAGACUGCUUCAAAUUAAAUAGCUUGCAGUCUGACACCAGUCAGUGGUCUAAACUAAAUGGUCUCAUGCUGAAUCCCUCAAAAUGCAAGACUAUUGACUUCUCCUUUAGGCAUAAACGAGAUCUACAAACACUAGUGAGCACUCAUGAAGCCUGUAGCGUUGAGGAGACUAAAAUUGAAACUAAGUCCAAUGCAAAAUACCUCGGAUUAGUUCUAUCUUCCGAACUUACUUGGUCAUCUCAUAUCCAAACGAUUUCCAUGAAAGUGUUUCGUCUAACCUACUACAUUAAGAAACUCAGACUAACUGGAGUCCCUCAACCUCUGCUUUCACAAUUUGUCAACUCUCGUAUCCUACCUAUUCUACUUUUCUGCUCCCCGGUAGUCUUUCCUGGGUUACUGAAAAAGGACUAUACCAUCAUGAGAAGGUAGUUAGUAGGACUAGCGGUGUAAAACUCAUUCAGCUCGUCACUACAUUAGUGGAUAAGCAUCUGAAUACAUGUGAGAAGUGGUCUAAAACCAUACUCUCUGACCCCCAACACCCCCUCUAUUCCCAACUCUCUCCUUGCAUCUCAUCAGGUAGAACCAGAAAUCAGUACAAAAUAAUAUAUGCUCGUACAACCAAGUAUAGGAACUCAACGAUACCAUAUUUGGCCCGUGUUCUAAGUGACAGAGACAACGUUAAGCGUGAAACCUAUGACUUGCUUUGUUGUUAAUAACAUAAUUUUGGCCCUUGUUAUUUCCCCCUUAUACUCUCUUAUUUGUACUCUAUAGUGAACAACCUUAAACAUACUUAGCUGCUUAAAAUUAAUUAUCGUUGGCUUACGUUUUUGUACUUUACUCUAUUCCUUCUUUUGUAUAUUUACUGGGUCCGACUAUAUUAUCACUGUGAUUAUUAAAAAAAUUGUCCUGUCAUUAACCAUCAUGUAAUAUUAGUUUUGUGGUUGUUCUUUGUUCGGCACUAUUUAACUGACAAUCUUGUUUGUAAACGCCACUAUCACCAUCGUAAAAAUUUUGUAUUAUGCAUCAUUACUAACACUACCACGACUACUAACACCGCAUUAGUGCUGACAAUAAAAAAAAACACAACCUGAAAUGUUUAUUUUAUGAUUGUUUAGUGUUGUUCAAUCAAAUUAACUGAUCAUCUUGGCUAUAAAUAUUCUUAAGAACAUCUCAUAAUUUCUUGUAUGAUUAUAGCUGUUACUGUUCACCACGCAUACACAUAGCAUAGCUUCCAUAACCCAGUACUGAAAUAUUUUUUCACUAUUAGUGUUUAAUUUCCUUUCUACUUGGUAUUUUUUAUUUGCAUUUAUUUUUAUUUUCCUUCGUUUUUUUCUUUGUUAUUUCUGAGUUUCGUUUAUUGGGUUUAUUUUUGUCGUGUUUUUUUUAUAUUUUUCUUUUGUAAUUCUCCUUUUUAAUGUACGAUGGAAUUAGAUGCAAUAUUGUAGAUAUGUGCUGAAAAUUCCCCACUGUACCACAAGUACUGUUUCUGGAAUAAAGCGAAAUUGUUAUUGUUAUUG